GGAAAAAAGAUAGAAAAACAAGAAUAUCUGAAUCAUUCAAACUUGUACAUUCAGCAAUAUUCAUUCAGCAUAUUUGUUUUCUGGAUCUAUUAAUUUAUACAAAAAUGCAUUGAAAAUGUAAUUCAUAUAUGUGACCCUGGACGACAAAACCAGUCUUAAGUGUCAAUUCUUCGAAAUAAGCUUUCCAUUAAUGUAUGGUUUGUUAGGAUCGGACAAUAUUUGGCUGAGAUACAAUUUGAAAAUCUGGAAUCUGAGGGUACAAAAAAAUCAUAAUAUUGAGAAAAUUGCCUUUAAAGUUGUCCAAAUGAAUUCUUAGCAAUGCAUAUUACUAAUCAAAAAUUAAGUUUUGAUACAUUUACGGUAAGAAAUUUACAAAAUAUCUUCAUGGAACAUGAUCUAUACUUAAUAUCCUAAUGAUUUUUGGCAUACAAGAAAAAUGUAUAAUUUUGACCCAUACAAUGUAUUUUUGGCUAUUGCUACAAAUAUACCCCAGCGACUUAAGACUGGUUUUGUGGUCCAGGGUCACAUAUAAUGCCAGAGUUAAAUAACUAUGAAAUCAUAAUAAAUAAUAAUAUAAAAAAUAAAAUAAAUUAUUGAAAAGAAAGCCAUAUUAAAUUAUUUUCCAUAAUCAUUUAUUAUUAAUUUUGUAUUCUUUAUUAUGAUUGCUUGUUAAGAUUUGAAAAACUUUUGUCUGGCAUUUAAAGUGUUAUGGUGUGACCAUGCAUGUCAUGUGGUGCAGCUCCCAAAAAACAUAAUGAUAUCUUAUAAAUAAUCUUAAUGUAUUUAUUAAUUAUUUAUGCUGUUUUGUAAUAAAUAUAUUCAUUUUAUAGCUUGAAAACUUGAAUUAUAUUUUACUUUUAUAUCUUUUUUUCUUUUUAUUACAACAUAUUUUCACAAAAUUUAGAGUCGCUAAAUUGAACAUUUUACUGAAAAUGGUAUAAAAGGUUUUCUAAACCAUAUUAAACCAGCACAAACACUACAUUUCAAAGAAUUUGGCACAUAAGUAUUUUUAUUUUUUUUUAACUCUACGGUCUGCUCAUUAUUCAAACGACAAUAAAAAAAAAGCUUGUGUUGAUACAUUUUUCCUUUCCCUGAGGCCAUUAAUUCUCAUUGAGGCUCAACAUUUCCUCUCAAGUAAGCUUACAAUAUAAACUGUGAAAUAGUUCUCUGGUGUUGAACACAUAUUCUUUCAAACUUAAUGAAAGCGCAGCUAGUCUCAACAGAGCAAGAGAGGUCAACUUCCUGAAGGCUUUCCAUCAGACAUGUGCUCACUUCAUUAUAUAUAAUUAAUAACACGCCAGCAGGGUGUUUUUCAAACACUGUGACAGCAUGUCCUUGUAACAUGAGCAAGAGGUGAAAGACAUUUGUCUAGUGUAAAGUACCACACAGCUGCCAUAGUUCCACACCCACAACCACAUGGUCCCUGGCAUGUGUGCUCUCUCUUGGACAGACUUUUGAAUAUUGUGUGAUCUAUUAAGGAAUUAUGUUUUUAAAGAAGGGUUGACAAAACCAUUAUUCAAAAACACAUUUGCUAAAUGUUCACAGUUUAAACAAUGAAAGCAUAAGGUGCAGAGUAAGGUUAACAGCCAAAAUUACAUUUAAAACUAAGUGCUUUUUUUCAAUCAUACAGUGAUGAUUUACUAGGAGAAGUUGGUUAGAUCUCAAAAAUGUUUCAGUUUUUUUUCUGUGGAAAAGUGCACCUGCUUACAUCAAAUCCUAAAAGUAUGAAAACUGUACUCGACCACUUGAAUUUCAUUGAAUUUCAAAUAACAUGCAAUUAAGUGUAAGUAAACAUUGCAUUCAAUUCUCACUUAAGUAUAUUCUUUCAAAGUAUAUUAUUUCUUAAGUACUCUUUUUAAAAGUUUGCUAAAAAGUACUUCUUAUAUACAAGGGUAUAUUCCCAGUGCCAGAAAGCAACAAAAUCGAGCUUACUGUCUGGUGGCCAGUGCUUCAUUCCAAAGAACAAAACUAAAUGUUAAAGGUUAAUGUUGUUUAGCACAUCUACCAAGAGGGUUGUUGACACAGCACAGCUAGUUAUCUAAGAUGAGACAAUCAGUUAGAAGACGCCAAGCACAUUUUGUCAACUUGUCACAUUUGACUUCCUGAUGAAAUAUUGGCUACUUCAGAUGAUCUGUUUGUCCUUGGUGCUGCUGUGGAAGCUAAGCAGACACUGUGGUAUCAAAUGAACAGUGUGUCUGAGCAGGACAGAUAAGAAAGAUAUGCUAUAGGGGACAUUGUGAAAGUUCUCAAAUACAAUUUAAUACAAAGCAAUCAGAAAGAUUCCAUUGACUCCCACUCUGCAUAUUAGAUAGCAACGUUUACAGUAUCAUUUCAACAAAAUAGAAGAGCGGUAUGUUCCUAAGUGUGAUGUCCGAGCCCAGCUGGCCUGUAACUGAAAUACCAAGUGUAACGAGAAUCAACAACCGCCAGCUUGCUUUCCUGAAGAAAUCAUCUGAGCCUUCUCACUCUAUCAGUCUUACUCAUCGGUCACACAUCUAUUUAAGAAAUCUUAUUUAUAGGCAUGAUCAUCUGAUGCAGGAUCACUCCCAGAAGUGUUCAGAUUCACACAUUCAGCAGAUUCACACAUUCAUCAGCGCUCGCAUAAGGACUAAAAGCAAGGGAAGAAAUGUAAAUGUCAUGAUCUCUCUCUUUUUUUUUUGUAGGAAUGGUAUGAGGGCCUGAAGACAUUGUGCAACAUGUCGUUCAGCAGAUGGUGCUAAGUUAAUAAGCUAAUCUGAUUUACAACUCCUGGACGGAUAUUCAUCAUGCUGUCUUCAUUCCUGGAAGGUGGGAACAUCGGAACAGUCCAUGUUGCUCUAGAACCAUGUGUAAUUCAUCCUUUCAAGGCAACAAUUUAACAUCGACAUUAGAUGAGCUAUUAAAGUGGUAUGGCAUGUGUCAGGGACAUUUUGGCCAUCUUGUCGCUACUACCACUACAGCAUUAUUUUUAUUUGUGGGAACACCGAUCCACUGCUGGUCCCUCUGGGUAUUUCUUCAUGGGAACAUCAAACCCAGCUUGGUGUUUCCACUAAACAUCACUGUACUGGAGCUGCUUUUCAGUAUUCUUUGUAUUGUAGACUUAAUUGCUACCAAGUGUCUCACAUUAGCAUACCAUCAGUUCUGUAUGUUUCUCAUUGGUCUCUGUUGGACAGUCAGGCCUUUUCUCCAGAUCUGCUUGUGCAUGGAACAUUAUCUGGCAGUGAUUCAUCCCAUAAUAUUCCUGAGAUACAAGGGCAUCCAGUACAGGAUUGCAUCGGCAGCAGUAGCUUGGCUGAUUGCUUUGGGGAACAGUGUGAGGCUCAUUUUCAUCAGAAUAGAAUAUUUCCCAGAUCAUUUAUUCUUUUUGUUUUUUUGCAGUGGAGUGAUAAUAAUUUCAUUUUGCUGUGCAUCUGUCCUUUGUGCUUUGAAGCGCCCAGGACCAGGAGAUCGAAAUAAUGUAGAAAUGACAGAGAAAGACAGACACAAUAAAACUGACAGAGGCAGAGGUGUUGAGAACCAGCAGAAAAGGAAGGCCUUCAGAAUCAUCUCUCAUAUUUUAGCGUCCAUCCUGGUUUGUUAUUUGCCUCUAGUAGUAGCUUAUUUUAUGCGCAUGACUAAUAUCAGUGAGCAGGUAUUUGGAUGUGAUGCUUUCCCAGCCAUUCUGUCCAUCACUAGGAUUACUGUAUUCAUUUCACCACUAGUCAGGAUGUAUAGUGAAGGCCAUCUGAAACACAAACUGUGUUUAUCAAUGCUUAGAGAAAAAAUGAAAGGAAAAUAGGAAAAACAGAAAGAAAUGUAUUUGAGAGUGUACAAUGUGUGUACUAAAUACCUGCUUGAGAUUGGUUUCUUUUUCUUUUACAUUGACUGAUUGGUCAGCUAAUUAUAAAAUAUUUAUAGCUACUUUCUAACGAAUGCGUCUGUAUUUUUAUCUACAUGGGGAAAUAGUAUAUACAUAACAUUUGCUACAUAUUAUAGCCUGUAUUAAAAGUGAUAUUAUGGGACUUAUGAUAAUGUGGAUAAAGUAGCAUAGUUUUUGUUUGUCCUUAUAUAUACAAUACAUAUAGACUUUACAUAUAUUUACAUAUAUGUUGUAUGAUGAAUGAAUUCACAGCAACUGAAAACAGUAAAUAAAAAGGUUUUUGACUGGAACAUUUGUGUGAUAUAUUGAGGGAUUGAAUCGGAUCAUUGAAAAGUGAGAUGUUGAAUUUACAAAUGAAUCAUUCAAUGUUAUUUGUGAACCAGAUCAUUGAAAAGAAUCAUCUCCAAAGAAAGAUUUCUCCAUGUAUCAGACAAUCGCUAUCAUCUCUUGGAGCAGGUCUCGAUUCUACACUUCAAAAAAAAAAAAAAAAGAAAAGAAAAAGGAAUGGCGUGUUUUUCUGAAAUGUAGGCCUAUAUUUGACCACAAUAUCCAUGUUACCAAAAACAGUUGACCAGUGGACCCAAUUGUUCAUGUCACUAGUAUCACACCACUCUCUGAUUUCAAACAAACGGCGUUAUUUAUCAAUUGUAGUGAAAAUGACCUCAGAGGACCUCAGUAUUAAAAUUAGGCUAGUAUAUUAUUGCACUGUUCAUCUUGUUGCUAGGCCGAUUGAUUUGGACAAUAUAAUGGACUUAUAUACAACACUGCACUGGCUCCCUAUUAAACAUCGUAUAGAUUUUAAAAUCUUGUUAAUUACUUAUAAAGCCCUGAAUGGUUUAGCUCCUCAGUACCUGAGCGAGUUCUUAUCACAUUAUAGUCCUCCACGUCCGCUGCGUUCUCAAAACUCUGGCCAUUUGAUAAUACCUAGAAUAUCAAAAUCAACUGUGGGCAGCAGAUCCUUUUCCUAUUUAGCGCCCAAACUCUGGAACAAUCUACCUAACACUGUUCGGAAGGCAGACACACUUUGUCAAUUUGAAUCUAGAUUAAGACCCAUCUCUUUAACCUGGCGUACACAUAACACACUAAUACGCUUCUAAUAUUCAGAUCCAUUAAAGGAUUGUUAGGCUGCAUUAAUUAGGUCAACCAGAACCGGGAACACUUCCCAUAACACCCAAUGUACUUGUUAUAUCGUAAGAAGAAUGGCAUCUGCGCUAAUAGUCUGUUUCUUUCUUAUUCCGAGAUCACCGUAGCCACCCAAUCCAGUCCGUAUCCAGAUCAGAUGGUGUAUCAGCACCUAGAGACGACCUCUACAGCCCUGACUGUCAGCAGAGAUCAGGACACCUAGAUGAGCCCCAGAGACAGAUCCCCAGUGAAGACCUUGUCACCUAGAUGGCCAUCGGGACAAGAUCUCGGGAACUAGAUGAGUCCUCUGCACAAUCUGACUUUGCUGCAGUUGGAAUUGAACUGCUGGUUCAUCUGGCCAGAGGAGAACUACAUAUACGACAUACAUUUUGUUGAUAAUUUUUAUUGUAACACUUCAGUGGGGGGCAGUCGUGGCCUAAUGGAUAGAGAGUCGGACUUUUGACAUAGCCGAUUUAUAGCUUGCCACUGAAGGGUAAUGCAUAGUAAUUAAGUCUGCAAAGCUUUGUAUACAAAAAACUAGGUCCACUACAGAAAGAUUCAGUGGCAACACAAAGUUGGGUUUAAUGUUCCCAUUGUGAAGGAACCAGAGGGACCAGCAAUGGAUCGGUGUUCCUACAAAUAAGAAUAAUGCUGCACUGACAAUGAAGGCAAGGGUGCCAAAUUGUUCCUGACAAAUGCAGUACAUGUACCACUUUAGAGGCUCAUCUAAUUUGGAGGUUGAAUUGUCGAUUUCUGAGGAUGAAUUACACGUGGCUGUACAGAGCUAGGAAAAGAAAUGAAUGAGUUGGUCAGUUUCAUUAAUUUCAUAAAUUUGCAAAAAUAGACAAGGAAAAUAAGUUAAAAUGAACAGAAAGCACGUCUUAAGACAUCACAAAAUGUUUAUUUUCUAGAUCAAUUUUUGUCAAUUUUUAAGUGUCAUACCUGGAUUAAUGAAACAGUAUACAAAGAAUGCUACAAAAUUGGUUCAUUUGAUCCAAAUGGUGAAAAGUGUCUGACUUUGUUUCAACUGUAUACAGAACUAUAUAUACAUGUGCUCGUACAUAUUGUGUUUUCAUAGCAUUGCCCACAUUUUCUAGCUCAUGUCAUUAAUGUGUGUUUUUGAAUGUUCAUAUUUGCAACAUCAUUUUAUGUAGUGGUUUAAACAAAUCUUGGUGUAAUAUUUGAAAAGAAAAUCAUGGUAAACUAAAAUGGGGGUAAGAUCAGCACCCCUUGUUUAGGAUAUUUUGUUUCACAAUACUGUUCCAACACAACUUUAUAAAAAAUAGUUCUUUACAAUCACCUGUGGACAAAUGUUACAUUAUGAAAAACCCUUUUGAAAGCUUUACUCUUCUUUAUUGCCAUUGAUUUGUUCCAUGAAAAACCUGUAACUAUGGAGUCUUUCCAUUCCACAAUUUUUUUAUUUUUUCUAAUAGUGGGAAAAUGUUGUUUUUUUAUUUUACUUUUUUCAAAUGUUCUUUUUUUUUUAAAGAAACUGUUCUUUGAUAGGUUUUUUGAAGAACCUUUAUAUAAGUCAUAGAAUAAAUUACCUUUCACAUUAAUCUCUUGUACUGGGAUUCUGGUUAUG